CUAAUAUAAUGGCUAAACAAUUCUCAACUUUCUCGCUCUUCCUUCUCUGCCUCUUGGCUUUUCAAGAGAUGAUGCUGAGUGAAGCAGCUCUAUGCUCGGCGCCGAGCAGGUUGUUUCGGGGGCUCUGCUUAAGCGAUAGUAACUGCGCUUCCAUUUGUGAGCAAGAGGGUUUCUUAUCUGGCCACUGCAAAAGCGUCGGCCUCAAGUGUAUUUGCGAAAAAAAUUGUAACAGAAAUGGCGACAGUGUCGAGGGGCUCCCGGAGCCGGAGCAGGGCGGCGGUGACCAACCAUCGGAUGUGAACAGGAAAUUCAUGAUCAAGUCUUGAGAGCUCACAUGUAUCUGAAUUACUCUGUUCAAC